AUGGGUUCCUCAACCGAGGCAUCGGCCCCGGAGAUAACCGAGUCCGACAGCGUCAACAAUGACAAGACCGGGACCAUUUCCAAGAAGACGCCCGACGAUGUCGAUGUAGAGAGCGUGGGCUGGGACGCGGCCUCAACCAGGAAGCUGAUCCGCAAGAUCGACUUCACACUGAUCCCCUUCCUGGCUUUGCUCUACCUGCUAUCCUUCUUGGACCGCACAAACAUUGGCAAUGCUCGGCUGGACACGCUUGAGCAAGACCUCCAUUUCCCCAAGGGCAGCUUGUACUACAAUGACGCUCUGGCUAUCUUCUUCCCGUUCUAUGUCGCCGCCGAGAUUCCCUCCAACAUGGCCAUGAAGCGCUUCCGUCCGUCCAUCUGGAUCCCUAGCAUCAUGGUCGCAUGGGCGCUCUGCACCACACUGAUGGGCAUUGUUCGCGACUAUCCGGGCUUGAUGGUUGCUAGGUCGUUCUUGGGACUUGCCGAGGGCGGACUGUUCCCCGGCAUCACCUACUACAUCACCAUGUGGUACCGCCGGCACGAAUGUGGUCUUCGCAUGGCCAUCUUCUUCUCGGCCGCCACCGCGGCCGGCGCGUUCGGCGGUCUCCUUGCUCGUGGCAUCAUGGAGAUGAGAGGUGUCGGCGGUCUCUCAGGCUGGCAAUGGAUUUUCAUCCUGGAAGGACUCCUGACCUUUGUAGUUGCCGUCAUUGCGUACUUCAUGAUGCAAGAUUAUCCGGGAACGGCCAAGUUCCUGACCCCCGAGGAGCGCGAGGAAGUCCAGGCUCGCCUGAAGCGCGACCGGUCCUCUCUCGCAGACGAGUUUGACAUCAAAUACUUCUGGGCCGCAAUCAAGGACUGGAAGAUUUGGGUGCACAUGUUCAUCACGAUUGGCGUUUACACGGGCCUGUACUCGUAUUCCCUCUUCUUGCCGACCAUCGUCAACGAACUCGGCACUGCCACCUCGCGCGAAAUGGCCCAGCUGAUGACGGUGCCUCCCUACGUUGUUGCUUGCAUCUUCUGCGUCGGCGCUGGUUGGUACGCAGACAAGCUUGGCCAGCGCGGAAUCUUCAUGAUGGGAUUCAUGGUCAUGGCCAUUGUCGGCCUGAUCAUGCUCAUGGCUGCUCCCAGCGCAGGCGUCCGAUACCUAGGCUGCUUCCUCCUUGCGUCGGGCAUCUACCCCAACGUGCCUCAGGGCGUCGCAUGGAACGGCAACAACAUUGGCGGGUCGCUGAAGCGCGGCGUGGGCAUUGCCAUGCACGUUGGCUUCGGCAAUCUGGGCGGCACCAUCUCAGCAUACCUGUUCCUCUCCAAGGACGGGCCGAGGUACAUUCCCGGGUUUGCCACCCUGCUGGCCUGCCAAUCGAUGGCCCUGAUACUCUCCGCCAUCAUGUACGUCUAUCUGCGCCGCGAGAAUGCCCGCCGUGAUCGCGAAUACAAGCCGCCGAGUGAGUAUACUGAGGAGGAGAGGGUGGCGGAGCGGGACAAGGGAGAUUACGCUUCGUUCUUCCGUUACACGCUCUAA